AGGGCCUGAUUACUCUCAGAUUUUAUCCACUCUACAUAUUGCCUUGGCCCAGAAGAAUGUGGAGCAGGUACGAAAAAAUAUGAAAGAUUUCCUAGCUACUGUAGAUGACCCGCAGACUGCUCUCCUGGACUUGUUGGAAAGUUGUAGCACUUCAAAGGGAAAAGGGAAUUCACUGUCUAAUUUACUUGCUGACGAAACUCAGAAAUGGUUGCUGGAACAUCCCGAAUGCCAGCUGUCCGGGUUGAGGUUGAGAAAGGUUCAGGCCCGUGUUUUCCUCCUGGUUACUGAAGGGCAGCUGCUAGAUUACCUCAUUUCCAUUUAUCGCCUGCAAGAAGCUGAGCGUUCUUUUCUGCUGGAUCCUGUCAAACGCUUUCACCUACUGGGCAACUAUAAAGAGGCAGCCAUUUUAAGUACCAAACUGAACCUACAGCCAGAUCUGGACCUGGAACAGAUGUGUAUCCCCUUGCUGCUAUUGGAGAGGUUUAAUCUUGUGGAGGCCUAUGUUGCUGGGUACCCAGAGCUGCAAACUAAACUGCUGCAGAUGUUAGACCGAUGGAGCUUAUCCAAAUUUAACCCCAGGAAACUUAGCAGAGAAUUCAAGGGUCUUCCACUUGCGAAAACAGACAAACUUAACCCCAAGACUAUCACUAAGUUGGCGUUCCGGCUGCUUGACCUCUACAAACUGGAUCCUGCUGACUGUUCAAAUAUAAUAAACCAACGUCAUAUGGGCACCAUGAAAUACCUCAUGCAUAAGAGAUUUGUAGAGAAAACAAUGACCGAGGAGAACUGGAGUGACCAUGUCCAGAGCAUAGUUGUAGAUAAUGGCUGGCUCCAGGAGCAAUGCCUUGCCCUGCUAUUCCGCUAUUGUGAUAGGCAAACAGCUGGAUGCUGGGCACUGACGUUUGGACUACCCAAGGAGAAGCUUCCUCGAGAUUUAGCAGAUCUUCUACAGGACUUUUGUAUUCAGAAGCUGUCGGAGGGGGAAAAAAAACACUGAUGAUUCUUCACAAGUGAGGAAGAACCACUUUUACCAGCUUCCGAUUCCCAGGAGCAAAGUUCAUUUCCUCCAGAGUCACACGGAGCUGACGCUCUGCCGAGACAUCGUCCUUCAGGAUGGACAAGUUGUUGGUGUGGAUAUGGAGUGGAGACCCUCUUUUGGGGGACUUGGAAAGCCAAAUGUAUCUCUGAUUCAGAUUGCAGUGAAAGAAGAGGUCUUUAUACUGGAUUUGCUGCAGGGUGACUUUCUUCAGAAUGGUGAUGAAGAGGAAGAAAAGGGCCCACUGCUGGUCAGAUUAAUCAAAGAGCUCUUUUCCUGCCCCACAGUCACAAAACUGGGAUAUGGCAUGCACGGGGAUUUCCAAAGUCUCGACAACACACACACUGCCUUCCGAGGAGUCAAGUUGUGCAAUGUGAUUGACCUCUGUGAGGUGCAUAAACAGAUUCAGAGCUGUCGUGGUCGUGUGAGGGCUCCUGGCGGGCCAGUGGAUGUCCUGGAGAACAGCCCGAGUGAAGAAGUCAUUCGCCAGCCAGAGAAGGGGCUUAGUUUACUGGUAAAGGAUGUGUUGGGCAAACCACUAGACAAGACCGAGCAGCUAUCAAACUGGGACAAGAGGCCACUCCGGGAAGAUCAAAUCACCUAUGCAGCUGCCGAUGCAUAUUGUUUGUUGGAGGUGUAUGAGGCCCUGCUUAACAGCCCUGAGAAAUUUGGGUUAAAACCAGAUUUUCAUAAACUGCCCAAAUGCAAACAACAGCCUCAGCCAAAGAUGGACAGAUCGCCAGAGAAGAAGCCAGCGACACCAAAGCAGAAGCUGAAAACACUAACAGAUGAGACAAAAAGCGGUCCUAGUAAUAAGUCUUUGUCCCCAAAAGAGUUCAGUGUGAUCUGUGACAACAUGCUGCAAGGACUGGGGCGCUACUUGCGCUGCCUUGGUAUCGACGUCCUAAUGCUGGGUAAUGAUGAUGACCACAGGAGAGCCGCGGAGAUCGCCAGACGAGAUGGGAGAGUCAUCCUGACCUGUGGACUGCCCUACCAGACGUUACGCUCACAAAUUGGUGAAGGGAGAUGUUUUAAUGUAGACUGCUCAGAGAAAGCGCGACAGCAAGCAAUCAAGGUCUUGAAACAUUUUAAUGUUCGUGUCACCCUCUCGGAUGUGUUCAGUCGCUGUCAGGUAGGGUUUCUGCCAGUA